CACCUCACGGGUUCGGUUUCAAGCCUCAACCCUCAUCAUCCCCGUGUCCUCACAUCCACCCGAUCCGAAACAGAUCUAAAUCUCCUCUUCCCUCCCAUCUUUCUUCCAUCCUCCCGCCCAUCUCCAAUUCUCGAUCUACCCCUCUCCGAACACCAAUUUACUCAACCAAGCCGGCGAAGCACGACCAUGCCCGCAACCAAGAACAAGAGGAAUGAGCAAUGCAGCAUUGAGUGUAUAUUUGGAAAAAUGCUUAAGAAGCUUGAAGUACCAGUUGAAUUUGAUCUUCCAUGCUGGCUGAAGAAAUGGAAGCCUACACAAUACAUAAAUAUAAAGCGCAAUGUCUACCUGACUAAAAGACGCAUUGAGGAUGAUGGCAUUUUCUGCUUGUGUAACCCCUUAUUGGAAGCAUCAACUGUCUGUGAUGGAGAUUGCCAUUGUGGGAUGCUAUUCUCUACCUGUUCAUCUAGCUGCAAAUGUGGCAAUAAGUGUGUCAACAAGUCUUUUCAGCACAGAGCCAUGAAGAAAGUGAAAGUAGUGAAGACAGAGAAAUGUGGGUUUGGGGUGGUGGCUGAUGAAGAUAUAAAACAAGGGGAUUUUGUAAUGGAGUAUGUAGGAGAAGUUAUUGAUGACAAAACUUGCGAGGAAAGACUCUGGAAAAUGAAGCACCGUGGGGACACCAACUUCUAUUUAUGCGAGGUUAAUCAUGAUAUGGUGAUUGAUGCCACUUACAAAGGAAACAGAUCAAGAUUUAUAAAUCAUAGUUGUGAGCCAAAUACUGAGAUGCAGAAAUGGCGAGUUGAUGGAGAAACUAGAGUUGGCAUUUUUACUCUUCGUAACAUACGAAGAGGCGAGGAACUGACCUAUGACUACAAGUUUGUUCAAUUUGGAGCAGAUCAAGUUUGUUAUUGUGGUUCUCUAAGCUGCAGGCAAAUGCUAGGAAACAAGCCCAGAAGUUCAAAUCAUGUGGCUCUUCACAAAAGGAAGACCGAUUUACAAAACUGUAUCGGGGAACUUGUACGUGUGUGGCGUUCACAGGAUAAGAGGUACUAUGGAGGAUUCAUAUCUGAUUUUAGUAACUACUCUGGAAAGCACACUAUAAUAUAUGAAGAUGAAAAAGUAGACAUUCUUGAUUUGUCAAUAGAAGAUUGGGACUUCCUAUGAUUGUAACUUGCACUCAUGAGGUACAUGAUUUUGGUUCUUUUCUCAAUAGUUCAAAUGUAUUUUUUUUGUUUCCCAAAAGGAAAAGGCUUUCCUUGUAAAAUGCUCAGUAAACUACCAAGCGCCUGGGAGCGUAAUCAUAAAAAUAUGAGAACAUGGGUUUUAGUCAUAAAGAUAUGUUGUUAUAAACUAACCUUGUGCUGCACCUUUUGUCUGUAUUUUGUGGAUUACCAACUGGUGAAGGUCCAGGACUUCAGAAAGAUGCUUUCAGUCAUGAAUUAUAAUUUAUUUAUAUUGCGAUUUCCGUGUCUUGCAACAUUUUAAUUGUCUUAUACCUUCAUCGUGCUCCUUGUUUAAACUUUUGCUCCUAAGCCUUUCUUUUGUUAUAGUAAGAAGUAAGUAUGAUGCCUGCAGAAGUUCCAAUGGUGCUUCAGGAACAAAUAUUUUUUGGAUGCUUGCAUAACAAUUUCUUUUGCUUGAUAUUGUGAUUUCCAUGUCUUGCAACAUUUAAUUAUUGUAUGUUUGUUCAUGUUGAUCUUAUAAGCUAUGUACUGGGAAAUAUUAGUAAGCAAUGUGCGAUUCAGUCCUCAUAGGAGAAAAGGCCAUGUAAUGACUCAUUUCUUGUUUAUAUUUAU